AUGGCCGCGCGCCCCGGGCCGCUCUGGCUGCUGGGCCUGGCGCUGUGCGCGCUGAGCGGCGGCGGCGUCCCCGGCCCGCGCCCCCCGCUCGGCUGCCCGCAGCGCCGCCUGGGCCCGCGCGAGCGCCGCGACCUGCAGCGCGAGAUCCUGGCUGUGCUCGGGCUGCCCGGGCGGCCCCGGCCCCGCGCGCCCCCCGCCGCCGCCCUGCUGCCGGCGUCCGCGCCGCUCUUCAUGCUCGACCUGUACCGCGCCGUGGCCGGCGACGACGACGAGGACGGCGGGGCCCCCGAGCGGCGCCUGGGCCGCGCAGACCUGGUCAUGAGCUUCGUCAACAUGGUGGAGCGUGACCCUGCCCUGGGCCACCAGGAGCCCCACUGGAAGGAGUUCCACUUUGACCUUACCCAGAUUCCGGCCGGGGAGGCCGUCACGGCCGCGGAGUUCCGGAUUUACAAGCUGCCCAGCACCCACCCGCUCAACCAGACGCUCCACAUCAGCAUGUUUGAGGUGGUCCUGGAGCAGUCCAACAGGGAGUCUGACUUGUUCUUUUUGGAUCUUCAGACGCUCCGAUCUGGGGACGAGGGCUGGCUGGUGUUGGACGUGACAGCAGCCAGUGACCGCUGGCUCUUGAACCGUAACAAGGACCUGGGACUCCGCCUCUAUGUGGAAACAGAUGAUGGGCGCAGCGUGGAUCCUGGCCUGGCCGGUCUGCUGGGGCGACAGGCUCCGCGCUCCAAACAGCCUUUCGUGGUCACCUUUUUCAGGGCGAGCCCUGGCCUGGGCCCCGCCCGAGCCCCACGGGCAGCGAGGCCCCUGAAGAGGAGGCCGCCGAAAAGGACCAACGAGCUGCCGCCCCCGAACAGACUGCCGGGGAUCUUCGAUGACGUCCACGGCUCCCACGGCCGGCAGGUGUGCCGUCGGCACGAGCUGUACGUGAGCUUUCAGGACCUGGGCUGGCUGGACUGGGUCAUCGCCCCCCAAGGCUACUCAGCCUAUUACUGUGAAGGGGAGUGCUCCUUCCCGCUGGACUCCUGCAUGAACGCCACCAACCACGCCAUCCUGCAGUCCCUGGUGCACCUGCUGAAGCCGGACGCGGUCCCCAAGGCGUGCUGCGCGCCCACCAAGCUGAGCGCCACCUCCGUGCUCUACUACGACAGCAGCAACAACGUCAUCCUGCGCAAGCACCGCAACAUGGUGGUCCGCGCCUGCGGCUGCCACUGAGGCCCCGCCUCCACCGGCGAGUCCUCCGCUGGGGCAGGGCCGGGAGACCCUCCAACGCCGUCACAGUUCAGGCAGAGACCCUCCCAGCGCCGUCCCAGCUCAGGCAGGGCGGCAGCGAGGGCCCCCUCCCCUGCCCACAUCCUGCCAGGGGCUGGUGCUCCCCAGGCCCUCUGCCCCAUCGCGUGCCUAAUGUCGGUGGAACCCUGCAUCAUGGUCUCAGUCAUCCAGCAGGGUUCUACCCCAGCUCCCUCCCCAGAGGGUCAGGAUGACUGUUCUUUGGGGUUGACACAGAGUCCUGUCUGAGGACCCACUCUUGUCCAUUGCUGGCCCAGCUGUAGGCUAUGUGGAGUGAACUGAGGCACCUGGAGCCCAGGAUGGCCACCUCAGGCCCUUCACCAUCCAGGACUGGGUUUGGGGAUGUGCAGACAGGUCCUGGUCCAUCUCCAGUGGUCUGACCCUGCAGGGUGCAAAACUGGGCAUUUCUGGGCACUCAGAGCGUGGAGUCAUCCUGUUUUCUAUAUUUGUGGGUCUGAAUGACCAAACUGUUGGCCCCAAGGAGGCAUGUGGGUCACCUCCAGAAAGAGCUGAAUGAAUAGUGUGAUUUAGGGCCAAGGCCAGUGUCAAUUACCUUCCCUGUCUUCCUGCCUUGGUCUGUCUCUGCUGUCAAGGGAAGACGUGCCUUGCGUGGACACUUUGGUGAAAAAAAAAUCUUGGGGGCUUUAUUGACCCCAUCUAUCAGUCACUGUGUUGAACCAUCAGAAGUUCAGCUCUGUGAACAGAUUACCUGUUCACUGAGCCCAGUAUGGUGGAUACAUUGGGUGGCCCAGAAUGAUAAUGCCCAGCAAGGGUGACAAACUUUCUGCACAGCAGUCAUCAAUAAUCAACCUUGGUAUUUUUUCAUUCAACUCUGGAGAGAAUUUCAAAGUGAUCAGCACCAAACUGAAGUGGCCACCACCAACAGAUUAGAGUUGGCAUGUAGAGUGAAAACUGUCUUCUCCUGCUAAGGAGCAAUUCACUGCACCCAGGGACACUGGGUGGCCUGUGGCCAGGCGUGGGGCGAAGGGUAGGGCUGGUCAGCACCUGCCUGUGUCCUGAAGUUGUCAAAAACAGACUGGUCACCCAAGUCUGCGUCACCCUGUGUGCUCUGGAGUCCCGUCCUGUUUCUCGGAGCCUGUGAGCCAAAGAAAAGGCCCCCGUUCCAGGGAAGUGACAGGUGGCAAUUAGGCCGAGCUGGGUGGGGAGGUUCCCGGAAACCACUGUUCUCCUUGGAGCGGCCACCAGCAGGCAGCUGGAGUGUUUAUUUGAUUUCUGAUUUGGUAAGCCUGUAAUUUACCUGGUGGAGCAGACAGAACCCAGCUGUCCAAACCCCAAAAUAUCAUUAAAAACACACCCUGGGCCCGCCCCAACCCAUGGGCACAGCCCAGGAUGACACCCCUGGAGUUCACUCUGUGCCCUGAGGGGCUCCAGGAGCACAGCAGGGGUGGAGGAGGGGGCUGGGCUGCGGAACAGCAGCCCCUCCACCUGGACCUGGGAAGGGCUCUGGGAGCCAGUGCAUAGAAGAGCCGCUCUCCAUGGACACAGGAAGGCGGUGAGCACCCCAACAGUGUAAGAAUCUAGGCUCUGGCCUACAUGUUAGGGAUGUGACUUUGUGACUUCCUCCUCUGGGCCUCAUUUCCCAUCUGUAAUAUGAAGCUUUUUGAUCUGCAAAGGGCCUUCAGCCUGGGAAACUGCAUCUGCCAAGCUUUCUCACACUGAGCCCAAAGGCAGCCUGGUAACCCUGAACGUGGAGCUCAGGUGGCCAUCAUGAAUCCGAGCUGGCACAUAAUGUGGACCCUAUUUUUUAUUCUAGGACUUACCUAAGUUUUCUCUUCCCAACAGCAAAGAUUGCCUCUUGUGCAUGUGCUUACUCGUUCAGUCAUGUUCAGCUCUUGUGACCCCACGGGCUGCAGCCCGUCAGGUCCUCUGUCCA